AUGAUGGCCAUCAUCGGGAUGUUUUUCCAGGACGGCCUCACAGGAUCCGCGUGGGGUGAUUGGGCAAACUACACUGCUUCGCCCCUUCGAGCCGAGCCCGUCUCCGCGGCAGCGGCCGCCGCGGCGGCUAAGGCCGCUGCUGCCAAGGCCGGCGCCAGCGCUGGCGCGAAGACCGUGGCCGCCACUACGGGCGUUGGCGCCGGCACCGGCAAGUCCUUGAGCGGCGAGGGCGAGGACGUGCCCCCCGAGCCCAGCUUCGACCCUGCCAACGAGGUGGGUGUGACCGAGCCCUUUGGCUACUUCGACCCUGCAGGCUUUUGCAAGAAGGGUGACAAGGCUGGCUUCCGCAACUUGCGCGCGGCCGAGAUCAAACACGGAAGAGUGGCCAUGAUGGCUGCAGUGGGUGCCGUCUUCCAGCACUACGUGAAAUUCCCGGGCUUCGAGAACGUGCCGUCCGGACUUGCAGCUGUGGAAGUGGCUCCAGGCACCUACGGCUUCGCAGCUCUCUUUGCCGUGGCUGGCCUACUGGAGUUGGGCGCCUGGACCGAGGAUCCCUCCAAGGAGCCGGGCAACUUCGGUGACCCUGCUGGCCUGAACCAGUACACCCUGGAGAUGCGCAACCGCGAGAUCAACAAUGGCAGAUUCGCCAUGUUCGCUGCCAUUGGCAUCAUUGCCGCCAAUGUUUACACAGGCAAAGACGCCAUUGAGCAGUUCGGAGCAUGA